UAAUUGCUUUAUAUUAUGUCUGGAUACGAUCGUGCCUUAACUGUAUUUUCACCUGAUGGUCACUUGUUUCAAGUAGAAUAUGCUUCUGAAGCUGUUAGAAAGGGUACCUGUGCUGUGGGUGUUCGUGGCAAGAAUGUCGUUGUUCUUGGUGUUGAAAAGAAAUCAGUAUUGAAAUUACAAGAUCCUCGAACUGUGCGUAAGAUUUGUAUGUUGGAUGAUCAUAUCUGUAUGGCUUUUGCAGGUUUAACUGCUGAUGCCCGUGUUCUUGUUAAUAAGGCUAGAAUUGAAUGCCAAAGUCAUCGUUUGACAGUUGAAGAUCCUGCUUCUGUUGAAUACAUUACGCGUCAUAUUGCUCAAGUGCAACAAAAAUAUACCCAAAGUGGUGGUGUUCGUCCUUUUGGUAUCUCUACUCUUAUUGUCGGUUUUGACAAUAAGGAACCUAAGUUAUACAUGACUGAACCCUCUGGUAUUUACACUGCCUGGAAGGCCAAUGCUAUCGGUAGAAGUUCCAAGACAGUACGUGAAUUUUUGGAAAAGAAUUAUAAUGAAGAUAUGGAUGAAAAAGAAACGAUCAAACUAGCCAUCAAGUCAUUAUUGGAAGUUGUGCAAACAGGUGCAAAGAACAUUGAAAUUGCUGUCAUGACAUCUGACAGUGUUGUUAAGCAUUUGGAGCAAGAAGAAGUUGAAAGUGUUGUUGCUGAAAUUGAAAAGGAAAAGGAAGAAGAAGCUGAAAAGAAGAAGAAGCCUACUGUGACAAGUGCUUAAAAAAUAAUAAAAAAAUGAAAAAAAGGACUGUACAACAUGAGAUCAAA